AUGCCCGGCUUCGAUUUCAGCAAUUACAACCGCAAUGCUGCGCUCCAUGUUCGAGGAGUUCCUUUACCAAAAGCGACUAGCACAGGCACAACUAUCGUAGGAUGCAUAUAUGACAAUGGCGUUGUCAUUGCGGCAGACACAAGAGCCACCAGUGGACCUAUCGUCGCCGACAAGAACUGCGAGAAACUCCAUUAUAUCUCCCCCAAUAUCUGGUGCGCAGGUGCCGGUACCGCCGCAGAUACAGAGUUCACGACCGCCCUCAUAUCGUCCAACCUCGAGCUACAUUCUCUAUCCACAGGCCGAACGCCUCGAGUGGUGACCGUGAUGACGCUGCUAAAACAACAUCUGUUCAGGUACCAAGGCCAUAUCGGCGCAUAUCUGGUGGUCGCAGGUGUCGAUCCAACAGGAGUAGGGUUGUUCACAGUUCAUGCACACGGAUCAACAGACAAGCUUCCCUACGUAACGAUGGGUUCUGGCUCAUUGGCUGCAAUGGCGGUGUUUGAGUCGACGUGGAAGAAGAACAUGACCAAGGACGAGGCCGUCAAAAUCUGCUCUGAGGCAAUUCUGGCUGGUAUCUUCAACGAUUUGGGAUCAGGAAGUAACGUGGACGUUUGCGUCAUUGAGAAAGACAAGCCAACGCAGCUGCUGAGGAACUACAUCAAGCCGAAUGAGAGGGUCAAGAAGGAACGGAACUACCGAUUCGCCAGGGGCACGACUGCAGUAUUGAACGAGAAGGUUAUCACGAAAGAGGAUAUCGGGCGUUAUGUGACGGUGCAUGAGAUUGGUAGUGGCAGUGACUCUGACAGUUUGGUUGUGGUGGAGAAGAUGGACGUGGAUGAAGUGUAG